GACUGCUGGCUGAAGCUGAGGUCUGUGCAGCUGGUCCUGCCUGUGCUGCUGCUGACAGGGACGCCUGAGAGGCAGCUGCAGCAGCAGCCACAUCCCGCAUAUAACUGUCCUGCUUAACUUGCUUCUGUCUUCACUGCCUCUUGCAACUCUUCCUCCUGCAGCGCUCCCGAUAACUCCUGCACAGCCACUGCAGACCUGGGGAGAUAGAGGCCGGGUGUGGAGGCUUUCUGAGGAUUAAAUCCGCUUUCGGAAUCCCAGCCCUGCAAGCUAGUCCCGAAGAGCAGCUGAGCUGUUGCAAGUUUACUCUACGCGAAUGGACUGACCCAGCCUUUACUUAGUGGCUUCAUGUUUUAACCUCUUCCCAGCCUCUAUUUUCUUUCUGCCUACUGCUCCCAUAACAUUAGCAGGGGUCACAGGCAUUAGAGUCACAGGCUGGGGGCUGUUAAGGAAGAUUAACCCUUUCCUUUUCUUGUGUGUGUGCAAAGCCUGACUUUCCCUUUUCUAUUAUUCCCUCAUUGCAUUUUAAUUGCACAUUUUGCCUGUUGUUACCCCCACCCCCACUUCUUGUUAUUCCCCUGGAUUUGCACAUUUUCCUCUCCCUGAUUAAAGAAGUGUCACGGGUGAUGACGGUUUUUCUGUUACGAGUUUUCUUCCUGCUGGUGCUAAGUUCUAGCCGGACCUUUGCAGAGCCCUUUGUGGCCAAUGGCAAGUGUCCAGCUCGUUGCAAUGUCUCCAAGUGCCCAAGCCCCAGCUGCCCAAGCGGCUACGUCCCCGAUCGUUGCAACUGCUGCCUCAUCUGUGCUGCGGGAGAAGGUGAUUCCUGUGGCCGCAAGGAAGACCCACCAUGCGGGGACAGCCUGGAUUGCAAGCACCCCAUGGGCAAGCGCUUCGGUAAAGGGGUAUGCCAGUGCAAGCUCAGCUACCAGGUGUGCGGCAGCGAUGGCAGGACCUAUGACAAUGUGUGUCAGCUGAAGGCGGUGAGCCGUAAGGCUUUGCAACAGGGGUUGCCAGCUGUCAUCCAGAUCCAGAAAGGCGCCUGUGAAUCGGGUCACCGACAGCCCAACAGCCCAAGAUACAAGUUUAACUUCAUUGCAGAUGUGGUGGAAAAGAUUGCACCUGCAGUUGUACACAUUGAACUUUUCCUGAGACAUCCUCUCUUUGGCCGAAAUGUCCCCUUAUCCAGUGGAUCUGGGUUUAUAAUGUCAGACUCAGGUUUAAUUGUAACCAAUGCCCACGUGGUGUCAAGCAGCAAUGCUAUAUCAGGGCGACAACAGUUAAAAGUGCAGCUACAGAAUGGAGAUACCUAUGAAGCAACAAUCAAAGACAUUGACAAGAAGUCUGAUAUAGCAACAAUAAAGAUUCAUCCUAAAAAAAAACUGCCCGUAUUAUUACUGGGCCACUCGGCUGAUCUGCGUCCUGGAGAGUUUGUCGUGGCUAUUGGGAGUCCUUUUGCCUUGCAGAACACUGUGACAACAGGUAUUGUCAGCACUGCUCAGCGAGAUGGAAAGGAGCUAGGCCUGAGGGACUCGGAUAUGGAUUACAUUCAGACAGAUGCCAUUAUCAAUUAUGGAAACUCAGGAGGACCUCUGGUUAAUUUGGAUGGUGAAGUGAUUGGAAUAAACACUUUAAAGGUUACUGCUGGAAUUUCCUUUGCUAUUCCUUCUGAUCGCAUCUCUCAGUUCCUCACAGAGUCACAUGACAAACAAAAUAAAGGUAAAUUCUUUAAGCAACACUGGCUAGAAAAAAUACUAUCUUCUCUUAGUCUUGUGGAAGAACUAAAACUCAAUAAUCCUGACUUUCCUGAUGUCAGCAGUGGAAUUUAUGUACACGAAGUUGUCCCAAAUUCACCUUCUCAGAGAGGUGGCAUCAAAGACGGAGACAUCAUUGUCAAAGUAAAUGGACGUCCUUUGAUGACCUCCAGUGACCUGCAAGAGGCUGUGAUGAAUGAGUCACCUCUACUACUUGAAGUUCGAAGGGGAAAUGAUGACUUGCUAUUUAACAUAGAGCCUGAAGUUGUCAUGUAAACCGAACUGAGGAAGCUCACACCAUAACUAAACUCACUUAUUCUGAAACAUCAGAUACCUCCUUUACAGCUGCAGUGAUUAUACUUCCUGUUGACUAAUGACAAGGUGGACUAACUUGAUUGCCUGAGCCAUGUCUGUACAUAGUAGUUAAAUUUAAUUAGGUUACAAAAUGAAAACAAACGUGAUUUUACCUUCAAAGUAAUUUCGUUAAAAAAUAUUUUGAGGAUAACAAUAAACAACCCCACAAUGUGUGUAAAUUGGGCACAUUAAUUAUAUGUCUGCCAUUGCAGGGGCCUCAGGCACUGGUGCACUUCGGCCCUUCUGUUCUCUGCCUGUGGCCAGGGGCGGCUCC